CCCCCAAGCCGCAGUUUUUCUAGAUAACUAUCCACGGCCACUUAGAAGAAGCCCUUCCCCUAUUUCUCCUUCACGUUCACGUCCAAUGGACUCCAUAGGCGUCCUAAUGACCUGCCCAAUGUCCGAAUACCUCGAAGAACAACUCCAAAAGCGCUUCAAUCUCUUCAAACUUUGGGCCCAUUCCUCGCCCUAUGAUUUCUUGAAGAACAACUCCAAUUCCAUCAAAGCAUUGGUGGGGAACACCAAAAUCGGUGCCGACGCAGAGCUCAUCGAGUCGCUGCCCAAGCUGGAGAUCGUUUCGAGUUACAGUGUGGGGUUGGACAAGAUUGAUCUGACCAAAUGUCAGGAGAAGGGCAUUAGGGUUACCAACACGCCUGACGUGUUGACCGAUGAUGUUGCCGAUGCGGCUAUCGGGUUGGUCUUGGCUGUUACAAGGAGGCUUUGUGAGUGUGACCAGUUUGUGAGGAACGGGUUGUGGAAGAAACGCGAUUUCGGAUUGGCUACCAAGUUCAGUGGUAAAUCUGUUGGAAUUAUUGGGUUGGGCAGGAUUGGUUCAGCAAUUGCAUAGAGAGCCGAAGCAUUUGGCUGCCAUAUCAGUUACUACUCAAGAUCUGAGAGACCAGAAACAAAGUACAAGUAUUACUGGAGCAUCGUUGACUUGGCUGCCAAUUGUGAGAUCCUCGUUGUUGCAUGUGCUUUGACACAAGAAACCCACCACAUUGUCAACCGGGAAGUCAUUGAUGCCUUGGGUCCAAAGGGCAUUCUCAUCAACAUUGGACGCGGUCCGCUCAUUGAUGAACCUGAGCUUGUGUCUGCGCUCCUCGAAGGCCGCUUGGGUGGGGCUGGGCUCGAUGUGUUUGAAAAUGAGCCAGAGGUACCUCAGCAGCUGCUUGCGCUUGGUAAUGUAGUUCUCCUGCCUCAUGUGGGGACUGACACCCUGGAGACCUGUGAGGCAAUGGCAGUCCUUGUGAUCAAAAACUUGGAGGCGCAUUUUCUAAAGAAGCCACUGUUAACUCCAGUGAUUUGAUCGCUUGUUGCCACCAUAUCUUCCAAACAUUAAUGUUUUGGACCUUUGGGAGCAUUUCUCUAAAGAAAGAUUGACAUUUUUCUACUUU